UUGGUGACUCCAGAUCACUGCUUCGUCUGGAUAGGAGAGUUCUCAAAUGUGAUCGAGAGGGCGAAGGCGAUAGAUUUGGCCACUUUUCUCCAAACAAAGAAGGACAUGGGCUGCAGGGCAAACCAGGUGCAGAUUGUGGAGGAAGGAGUCAACCCACAGGGUCCAGACCACCAGCACUUCUGGACGAUCUUAGGAGGACAGUCGGCUUAUCAACCUGCGGGUCCACCAGAGGAGGAUGAGCAGUUUGAAAACGCCAUCGUGGAAACCAACUGUAUCUUCAGGCUGCUGGACGACAAACUGGUUCCUGAUGAUGAAGAGUGGGGGAAGGUCCCUCACAACUCUCUGCUGGCGUCCAAAGAGGUGUUGGUGUUUGACUUUGGCAGUGAGGUGUACGUGUGGCACGGUAAGGAGGUGACUCUCGCCCAGAGGAAAGUGGCCUUCCAGCUCGCCAAACACCUCUGGAACGGUACGUUUGAUUACACCUGCUGUGACGUCAACCCACUCGACCCCGGCGGCUGCAACACACUCAUACCCAGAAAGGGCCAGGGCCGUCCUGAUUGGGCGAUAUUUGGCAGGCUGACAGAGCACAACGAGACAAUCUUGUUCAAGGAGAAGUUCAUGGACUGGACGGAAACGAAGGCGGUGACUCCAAAGGAAGGCGGCGAGCUGGUACCUGAGCAGAAGGAGGCCCCGGGGCGAGAGUGCCGGCCCUACGACGCCACCCUGAUGCUACCCGUCCUCCAGUCGUCCAUUUCCACCAUCUUGGACGGAGUAAACGUGGGCCGUGGUUAUGGUCCGGUGGAGACUGAGGACCACAUGAGAAUCCAGGAGCUCAGCACGGUGUCGGUGGACGUCUGGCACAUCCUGGAGUUCGACUACAGCCGCCUCCCACGCCAGAGCAUUGGUCAGUUCCACGAGGGAGACGCCUACGUGGUCAAGUGGAAGCACAUGGUCAGCACCUCAGUUGGCCGCAGACAGAACCCCGAGGCGAGGAGCACCGGACCGGGGAAAGAGAAAUGCUGCUAUUUCUUCUGGCAGGGCCGACACUCCACCGUCAGCGAGAAAGGGACCUCAGCCCUGAUGACGGUGGAGCUGGAUGAGGAGAGGGGAGCACAGGUUCAGGUGCAGCAGGGGAAGGAGCCUCCGUGUUUCCUUCAGUGCUUCAACGGAGGGAUGAUCAUCCAUGCUGGCAAAAGGGAGGAGGAGGAGGAGAACACUCAGAGUGACUGGCGUCUGUACUGUGUCCGGGGCGAGGCUCCGGUGGAAGGCCACCUGCUGGAGGUGGCGUGCCACUGCAGCAGCCUGCGCUCCAGAGCCUCCAUGAUCUUGCUGAACAUCAACAAGGCCAUCAUCUACCUUUGGCACGGCUGCAAGACGCAGCUUCACACUCGCGGCGUGGGAAACACGGCUGCACUCAAAAUCAAAGAACAGUGUCCUCUGGAAGCAGGUCUCCAUAGCAGCAGUAAGGUGACCAUCCAUGAGUGUGAUGAGGGGGUGGAGCCUCCAGGCUUCUGGGAGGCUCUGGGCAGAAAGGACAGGAAGGCGUACGACUGUAUGCUGCAAGAUCCCGGUAAAUUCAACUUCACCCCGCGACUCUUCCAGCUGAGCAGCACAUCUGGAGAGUUUGUGGCGACCGAGUUCUUCCACCUGUCCAGAGCUCCGGACCUGGUCAGCUCGCUGCCUUUCCUGCAGGAAGACUUGUACAACGCACCACAACCUGCGUUGUUCCUGGUGGAUAACUUCCAUGAAGUUUACCUGUGGCAGGGUUGGUGGCCUCAGGACAGUGAGAACACCGGCUCGGCUCGUAUCCGCUGGGACUCGGACAGGAAGUGUGCGAUGGAGACCGUGCUGCAGUACUGCAAAGAGAGAAACGAGAAGAAACCUCAGAAGUCGUAUCUGAUACACGCCGGUCUGGAGCCACUCACCUUCACCAACAUGUUUCCCAGCUGGGAGCACCGAGAGGACGUGGCUGAGAUCACAGAGAGGGAAGCAGAGGUGUGUCACCAGAUCAUCCUGGUGGAGGACGUGUUGGCUCGGCUCAGUCAGAACACCUUCCCUCUGGCUCAGCUGCAGGGCCGGCCGCUCCCUGAGGGAGUCGACCCCCUCCGUCUGGAGCUCUACCUGUCCGACCAGGACUUUGAGAAAGCUUUGGAAAUGAGAAGAGAGGAAUAUGAAGGUCUGCCAGGGUGGAAGCAAGUGAACCUAAAGAAGGCCAAAGGACUGUUUUAAGAUUUAACUGAAGACGGCGUGUGAAGCGGAGGAAGAGUGGACAGCACAGAUGGAGAAACCGGAAGUGUCACAUUAACCUUUAAAGUUGUAGCGUGAACCCGCGAGGACUCUGGUGACAGAAAACGUCACCGAGUCCUGAAGAGAGAAACUGAAUCUGAGGAAAAACCUACACAAGCCCGGAGACGCACUCGCCUUGCUUAUAGUCACGUUUUACUUCUCGACUUUGUUAAGUAACAAAACUAAACUCAAGUGGUUUAACCAAAGGUACAAACAAGCAGACGCCUUGCUCUGGUUCAUACGUGGUGUGUCUUUGGAGUCUCCUCCAAACACUUAAGUCACCACUCGUGGACGCUCGGUGUCAGAGUGCCAUGCUAUGAUUGUGUACGUAUGUGUGUGUGCGACUGUAUAUAAUGUUUGUAAGUGUGCGUACUGUUUAUUUGUGUAAAUGUGUGUUUAGAUGCGUUUGUAUUUAUGUAAAAAAAAAAAACACAAAAAAAAACAACAAUUGUGUCAUGUCAGGUGUUUUAUUUUGUCCACAGUGUCCGGAUGCUGUCAGGCCGUGUAGGAAACUUGUGUCUCUCGACCGUGACGUGACUCUGACUCAGCAAGAGCAGAGUUGUAACUGAACGGUUUGACUUUGACGAGAGGAGACGCAGCAGCUCGGUGAAUCAGAAUGUAUAGUGCCUUGCUUUUUGUGUACAGUUUAUAUACAGAAAUUCUAGUCUGCAUUUUUAAAGACUUUCUUUGUGAUAUAAGACAUAGUGAAAUAAAUCACAAUACGGC